AGUGCAAGAUAUGAAAUUGUAAUUAGAAAUGUGUAUUAUGUGUUAAUAUAUUGCAUUUAAAAACAUAAAUUCAUUAAAAUAAACAGCUUGCAUAAGAUAUUGGGGUGAACAUAAGGAUUUUGUUGCUUACAUAUUCAGAGGUUUAAGUUGGCACACCUUCACAUGGAACAGGCUCUUUUCUUUUUAUAGCACCUUUCAAUAAUUUACGAGCGAGUGCAGUAUCAAUGGCCUCUCUCUUUUUCCUGUCCCGAUGACACCCGGCAAUAAAAAAGGCUUAUUGCCCAGAGGCAGCGCUAUCAGAUCUUCGUGGCGCUACAGGGGUAGAAACAGAGGAACGUCAUUCUCGGGGUGAUUGCAGUGGCAGCCGCAGCAGGCGAGCUUCACCAUGUCAGGAUCCAGCAGUGAUCAGCUUCACAGAUCCACAUUAAGGUUGUACAUGAAUCUGAUGGAACAUUUUAACCCCGGCCUGCAGAAGCUGGUGUCCUUGGGAAACAGCUACGUCCAGGCGUUCAAAGCCUUGGCCGUAACUGGUGAGGCAUACUUCAGGGCUGUGGCCAAGAUGGGAGAGCAGGCUCUUCACACCAUGACCUCGCGCUCUCUGGGAGAUGUCCUGAUGCAGAUAUCUGAAAGCCAAAGGAGACUCAUUGCUGAACUGGAUGGAGUUUUCCAGUGGUUCCAUGCUGAGGUGCUGCAGGAGAUGGACAACAAUGUCAGGCUGGAUGGGGACUACAUCUCAGGCAGCAUGGAACGCUAUGAGAUAGAAGUGAGGAACCAGGCAGCAGCUUUACAGCUGCAGUUGAGGAGAGGAACCUACAGAAACUCACUGGAGAGCAGUGACUACAUGCAAUUCCUCAGACAGAGUCACCAUGAAGCCUUGAAAGAAGAGGAGAGGAGGUAUCGCUUUCUGGCUGAGAAACACUGUGGCCUCACCCAGUCCUUACUAUAUCUCAUCAACAAGACAGGGGUUGGGCUCCAGCUGAAGGCUGAGGGCUGGAAGGAGCUGGUUAAUGAAACUCGAGUGUCCAGGCCUCGAACCCCAUCCCUGUUGGACCAGGACACAGCGAGUCGAAGCUCUGUGAAUUCAUUUCUGCACACUGGAGUCAGAGAGGAAGACAAAGAACGGAUCUGGACUGGCCAGGAGGAGCAAGCACUUGGCAGAGUGCCCUCCAGAGCCCCUUCCCCUCAGCCCAUCCGCGCCCGUUCCAGCUCUGUAGGGGAGACACUGGGGAUGGGUGUGGGUAGACAGAUGAAAGCACUGGCACCUCACCUUCCCUCCUCCAACCCCACUCUGCUGCCCUUUGCCCAGGGAGACCUAAUCACUGUGCUGGUCCAGGAACCCCGAAACGGUUGGCUGUAUGGGAGGUCAGACAGUAACUUCCGUCAGGGCUGGUUUCCUGCUGCCUAUGUCACCCCUCUAGAGGACACGCCCAAAAUAUUUGGAUCCAGUUAUGACCUUCGACCCCAUGGCAGUCCUGCUCUAAGAAGUCACAGUUUGAACAACCUGCUGGACCAAAAGGACCAAAGGGACACAGCUGACCAGAUGGAAGGUCGAAAUUGUAAUGGGAUCCCACCCCGUGCUCCACCCCUGAAUGCGAGUGCAGCCAAUCUGCAUCUGACAACACCCACAUCAGACAGGAGAGGGGAGCCUUCUGACAGCAAGAAAACCACUGAGCAAACAUUACGGCCAGAGCUGUUCCCCAGGGGAACCAAUCCUUUUGCCACAGUGAAGCUCCGACCCACGACAACUAAUGACAGAUCAGCCCCAAGGAUUCACUAAUGCACAACACAGUGUGACAAAAGUGCGUGUACAUGUCAGUCAUCAAUGCCCCGUUAAUAGUGGAGAUGUGUGUUUUAUUCUGUGUGAAGUGGAGGCUAUGCACUUACAUAGUUAAACCUCAUAACACUUCUUAUGCCAUGAGGUAAGAAGUUCCAAUAUUCCAAUAUGAACAAAAUACUUUUUCCACUGAACUUUGAUAUGGCUUCUUAACAUAGACAGGAACAUACUCAGAGUUAUAUAAACAUACAUUAGAAUUUGUUAAGAUAAUUGUGGAUAUGGAUGGAUAUUGCAGGGGUUUCUUAUCUAAAUACAAACAUUAUAUAAAUAUUUUGUGUUCAUUGCUAUUUUAUUGAGAUUAUCUGGAAUAUAAUUGUCAUGUCAUACAACAUACUGUAUAACUUUAUUUGUUUAAACUGCAUUUUAUUGGUUUUAAAAUUAUUUUACCCACUUACGUAUUCCUCUUAAAUAUUUAAUUAAAGCAAAAAAGGCAAAGGUGCUUCACUCUUAGGUGCAGUAGCAAGGCGCCUCUGGGGAUUUGAAUCUACAGCCUCCUGGUAACAUGUUCACUUCCUUAACCGCUGUGUGACGUGCUUCCUUUCCCAGGGUGUUAUAUACAAGGUGACAUGCUGAGGUGUGUGUGUCAUCUGCCCUGUAAUGCUUUCAAGUCAUGUUGCAUGUCCAUCUUGGAGGCUGUGGCGGACACACGUUGCCGUGUUGGGUUUCAUGCAAAGUCUUAGCACUGGCCCUUGAAGAGGCGUUGACACGUCUCACCUCCCUCAAGCGCCGUUGAUUCAUAGUGCUGCUAACAGGGCCUUCAGUGCAGUGAAUGUAUUUUUCAGGUGACUGAUUUUAUGAAUUUCUUUGACUCCAGCUGGAGACCACUGCUCUGCAAUGGAUUUGGGUUUAGGAAUGACUAUGCAUGUUGUUUCUCUACAGAAGACCAGUAAUGAUGUUAACUCAUCACCUUCAAACGGAAGGACUGGAGUACAGGUAGCACAGAAAUUAUGAACAUGGACCUAUAACCUGAUGCUGCCUGUUAAAUUCCAUGCUCUAGUAAAUCAAAUUCUUUCAGUAAAACAUCCAGCUGUAUAAAUGGUGAAGCUGUAAGGAGACCAGGUAGCAUAUUGGUUAGAAUUGUUAACUUCCAAUUAAAGGUCUUUGGUUUGAAUCUCUGUUGUUGUUCUCUUGAGCAAAAUACUUACGCUGAGAAAUUACAGUAAAACAACGCAGCUCCACAAAUGGGCGAAUAAUUAUCAGUAGCUUAGUACAUCUUCAUAACAUUGCAAGUUGCCUUCCCCAAAGGCAUCAGCUGAAUAGUAAUAGUAAUAAUAAUAAAACUGUAAAUUCAAUUAGAUUAAAAGUGUCAGUUAAACACCAAAACAUUAAGCAGACGAUGUAGCUCUUUGCACAUUGAAGUGUUGAAAGUCUCAAACCACUGUCUAGCAGAAGCAAUGCAAUAAAGUAAACCAGUAUGACUGCAUAUAGUCAAGGCAUGGUUUUAUUUUUAAUUUUUUUCUUUUCUCUCUUCACGGCUUGACCUCAAAUGAUUCUUUCUGAGUAUGUCGCCACUCAUAACCAGAAGAAGGACUGGGGGAGGAAAGGUGAGGAGGAGUGUGCAAGUGACGGAGAGAGGCAGAAGGUUGAACAAAACAGAAGAGA